AUGGCGUGGGAUCAUCUCUCCAUCACCAAACCCCAUUUGGUGUACAUUAUUCUAGGGGGUUUUACUUCACUUUUUAUGCUUUGUUCUUCUGUUAUUAAGGAGCGCAUGUAUAUCGGUGAAGCGACUGUCGCUACAAUAUGUGGUGUUGUCUUUGGUCCCCAUGCUGCAAAUCUAAUUAACCCUAUGACAUGGGGGAAUGUUGACGAGGUUACUCUCGAGUUCUCUCGAAUAGUCUUGGUUGUUCAAUGCUUUGCUGUUGGUGUAGAAUUGCCCAAAUAUUACAUGGAGAAGCAUUGGAAAUCUGUUGUCUUCUUACUACUUCCUGUCAUGACUUUCGGAUGGCUGGUUACGAGCUUGGUCGUUUGGUGGAUGUUCCCGGUGCUGUCUUGGCUCGAGAGCUUAGUUGUUGCUGCGUGCGUCACAGCCACGGAUCCUGUCCUUGCUUCUUCAGUCGUUGGUAAAGGAAAGUUUGCAAAGCGAGUGCCAAAGCAUUUGAGAGAUCUGCUCUCUGCCGAGUCUGGUUGCAACGAUGGCAUGGCUUUCCCCUUUAUCUACCUUGCCCUCUACCUACUUCAAGAACACUUAGACGCCAAGCAGACGACAUAUCAUUGGCUUGUUUAUACCGUCCUUUACGAAUGUAUCUUCGGCGCCUUUUACGGUUUUAUGAUUGGGUAUAUCGCACGACACGGUAUCAAAUUCGCUGAGAAGCACGACUUGAUUGAUCGCGAAAGUUUCCUCGUCUUCUACUUCACUUUGGCUCUUUUCUGCGCUGGCUCAGGUAGUAUUCUAGGCACAGACGACUUGCUUGUCGGAUUCGCUGCUGGUGUUGGUUUCUCGAACGACGGUUGGUUCAGUGAAAAGACCGAAGAAUCCCACGUAUCUAACGUUAUCGACUUGUUGAUCAACUUGGCAUAUUUUGUCUUCCUUGGUACCAUCAUUCCUUGGGAGCAGUACAACAAUGUGGACAUCGGUCUUUCUGCCUGGCGAUUAACUGUCAUGGCUAUAUUCGUUAUUUUAUUCCGUCGAAUACCAGUUAUGAUGCUUCUCAAACCAUUUAUCCCCGACAUCAAAACAUGGCGAGAAGCUCUCUUUGCCGGCCACUUUGGCCCUAUUGGUGUAGGCGCGAUUUUCGUCGCGUUGCUUGCUCGUGCCGAACUAGAAAGCGAGCAUAGCAUUCCGGAAGCAGAACUUCCGCCGAAAGGCAGUGAAUAUUAUAACGUCGUGCUUCUUGUGUGGCCUAUCGUCACCUUUAUGGUGGUUUCGUCUAUCCUUGUCCACGGCUCUUCGGUAGCCGUAUUCACUUUAGGGAAACGUAUUAACACCUUGUCUAUUACCAUGUCGUUCACCACUGCCCCGGAAGAAGGACCGGCGUGGAUGUCUCGACUACCUCGAAUCUCAUCUCAGUCACGAUCACAAGCGAGAACCAUGUCCGAUACAGAUUUCGACGAUUUAAAGAUGCCCGAAUUACCACCCGGAACAUUACCACCACCUGGUAUGCCCGGUGCAUUCUUGCGUCGCCAGCGUGAGGAAGACAACCCAAGUAGAGCUGGAAGUCGCGCAUCGUCUGUUUCUGGUCGUCGCCGUAGUAGGAAGAAGUGGGACGAUGGUAUUGGACCUGGUGGGCCGGUAAGUCAGUCGGCUAUAUUCCCCCAGCGAAGAAGUACAAGUGAGGCAGCUGAGCCCAUGUCACCAUCCGAAUCUGUGCCACCUAUGUCUCCACGACAAGAAAGCCCCAGCUCCCCAUCCGAGGAAAUCCGGGAGAAGGAGAGCGAAAAGGACAUCGAAAAACUUGUUGAAGUCGCGAAGCAAUCCGACAGGGAGGAUGAUAGUAGUCGCGAGCGGCCUACAAGACGUCAACAACAUGAGGAACUUGAAGUGUACGAUGAGGGUGACCAUAUUGUGGUUGAAGACGAGGAGGGUCAAGUACUCGCUGUUGAGGAAACUGGACAUCAACCCGUGCAUGACCUACAUGAAGUAAAAGAAAAGGCUAAAGCCGAGACUCGGAAGCCUGGAUGGACAUAUGAUUCCCUGAAGAAAAGUCUUGGAAAAUGGCGUGAGGAGGAAGCUCAGAAACGUAAAGACAAGACAAAGGUUGAACGGAAGCAUGAGCCGGCUAGAGCGUACCAAUUUGGAAAUACGAUUAUUGUUGAAGACGAGUCUGGAGAGGUCGUCAGGAAAUACGACCUUCCUGCUGAUCGUGAUGGCAAAGAUUAUGUUGCCACGAGCCUGAAAUACAUGGGAAUGGGCGGUUUGGUUAAGCCAACAGACAAAACUGCCCCCAAACCUGGAGGACCGCCCGAGCCAGAGCAAGCCGAGCCCAGUAGCAACAAACCCCCAGCUAGAACGAGAACUGGUGGAUGGCCAGGCUUUAAUCGAGGCGGCGCUGCUGACCAAAGGAGGCAAGAAGCCAGCAGUUCCGCUGAAAAAGACCCUCAUGAUGACCGCGGAAUUCGAUUUACAAUUGGUGGCGUUGGACGGCGUAUGACGAAGGACGAUUUCCUUAGAGAAGUACAGAAAUUGGAUGUUAAGACUCGGCGCGAGGUGAUAGACCAGUCCAAUGCGACCGCAGCAGUGAAAUCGAUGGCAAAGGAUGAACCCGAAGCUGGCGCGUCUCUUGCUCAACCUCUGGUCCACCCUCAAAUCAGUGUGACCCAAGCGAGUGAUAGUACUCGAGGCGCGAGUCAAUCGCCCGCUCGCCCAGAACCGACUCGUGGACGCAGCCAAACAACCAGUACCGACCAAGUCCCAACUUCCCCAGUUUCAGACCCACCAGAGACGGCCGCGGAGAGGCGACGAAGAAUUGCGGCAUUCGCCAGUGUUCUCGAGGAUAACGACGCCGACGCCGGAGAGACACCCGCAGAACGUAGAAGAAGACAAGCCGCACUAGGCGUAGACAGUGGCGCAGCUGAAGACAGCGACAGCGAUGACGAUGAUACCCCUAGAGUACCGCCCGCAAGGCGUGGGAUCAGAUUUGCAGACGACUCCCCGCCCAAUAAGGGUUAA